AGGGGUGUUGCAGCCAACCUGUCCCAGAAGGUGCGUCUGCUAUGUUGGAUCAUGACUGGACCUAAGAACCUGGAGUCUAGAACCAAGCACAUCCGGGCCACCUGGGCCAACCGAUGCAACAAAAUCCUCUACAUGAGUUCAGUGGAGACAGAAUUCCCCACAGUGGGGCUCAACGUAACCGAGGGACGAGACCAGCUCUACUGGAAGACCAUCAGAGCCUUCCAGUACAUCUACCAACACCACCGCAACGACUACGACUGGGUCCUCAAAGCUGAUGAUGACACGUUCGUGGUCAUCGAAAACCUCCGCUACACCUUGUCCAAACAGGACCCGGAGAAGCCUGUGUACUUUGGGCGAAGGUUCCGCCCGUUCGUCCACCAGGGUUACAUGAGUGGUGGAGCCGGCUAUGUCCUCAGUAAAGAAGCCGUCAGAAGGUUCAUCGAGGGAUUCGACAUGGCGAAAUGUACCCACUUUUCCAUCAUAGAAGACAUGGCUCUGGGGAAGUGUAUGGAGACAAUGGGUGUGGAGCCGGGAGACUCCAGAGAUGUGAAGGGAAGGCAGACGUUUCAUCCCUACCCACCAGACAAGUACCUGAUCAAAAAGCCACCCAGAAAACGGCCUUGGUUUCUCCUGUAUGACUACUACAAACCCAGAGAGGGCCCAGAAUGUUGUUCAGAUCACACCGUAUCCUUUCACUACAUCUACAAUGUACAGAUGUACAUGCUGGAAUAUCUGACCUAUAACCUACGGCCCUACGGAUACCAGUACAGGUACAACCCUGAUUCUGCAGGAACUGAAAGCGAGAGUAACACACCCACACCUGUCUCUGCCUAACACAGAGAUAACACACAGACUACUGCACUGAAAAAAGCAUGUACGACUGUGUAAUGUUUAAAUGCCAGAAACAACAGCUGACCCCUGCCACUUUGUUUGGUAUGCUGAGCGAUGAGACUGGGGAACUGUAACCACUCUCAAAUUCAUCGACACAUGGUAGUUUUAAACAUAUUUUGAAACAAUACAUGGUUUGUUUACGACUCAAAUGACAACUAUAUUAACAAUGAAGCUCUAGAGUUAUUGUGAA